AUGAUGUUGUAUUAUCUGUUAAUUAUUAAUCUCAUUACAUAUAAACUAACAUAUGCAAUUAGUGCAAUUGAUGGCAGAGAAAAUUUCGUUAUGGAUCAACCAGAGGAAACAUACGAUAUUGCAUUGCCUGUUCUAAAUGUUUACUAUGAGGAGAUGCCAAAGGAUUGGAAAUAUGAAACUCAAAAGGCGCAUGAAAUUAAGGAUUUUGAGCGGGAAAUCGAUGAAGCAGACAACAGUAUGAAAUAUGACGCUUUAUCUCUACUAGAAGUUAUCGCAAAGGAACGCAAUAUUAUAUCCAAAAUCAAACAAAAUGUUGUUAAGAAGCAACUGGUGGCACCCAAUGCUAAAUUAACUCACAAUCUGUAA